AUGGCAUCGCAGGACGAGCGCGAGCUGCGCAAACAGCAGAUCCGACCGCGCUUCCUCGACCUCGCCGAAUUCGAUGACGAUGACAUGGCUGCGCACCCCAGCAGCCGCAGAGCAGCGCCCGACUCUUUCAGCAACUGGCCUCCAGCUGCGACAGUAGUGCGAAGAAAACCGCCCACCAUCGGCUCCUCGAGCAAAUCGGAGUCCAAAGGCACGAAAGUAGAGGCCGACACAGCUCGAAAGGCCACCGUCGAGGAUGUGGAGGAUGAUCAGCGUCAAAGAAGUGCGACAUCGCACCAGGGCGAGACGACACAAAAGACACCGACUACAGAGCAGCUGCGAUCCCAGCCUGAUACCAAGUCAGUGCGUUUUGCGCCUGAACCCACCGCACAGGCGCCCGAAGAAGCGGCUCAAAGGGCUCCACCAAAAGUCACAUUGGACCUUACUGGAUCCAUCAUCGGCACCAUCCAAGAGCGACCGGUGGGUGAGAGACGGACAAAGGCAAGUGCCUCGACCAAAUCAAAACCAGCAGUAUCCCGUUUCGUCGUUCGAAAGAGAAUGGACGAGGAGCUACAGAAGCACGAGGAGCAGAGAAAGCGUCAAUCACACUCGGCCAAGCAGCCCGAAGAUCAAGCGCCGGGCACCGGCUUCCCGGUAGUCUCGCACCGCGACCACAUCACUCCCAUCUUGCCGCCUGCCUCAGGUAGCGCUCGUGCCAACUUCAACGAAGACAUUGCGAGUGUCGAAGCGCCUCGACAGGAUGACAUCGCAACACGAUCCGCACUCUCCACGUCCUCUGCUGCGGACAAUGCAGCUUCGGCCGACGACGAAGAAUGGCUGGACGAGGCAGGAAACCCCAUGUCAGCCUUCAGAAAGUCCAGACUGCUCCGACAGGGGCUGCAGCCGCCCUCUGUGCGUUCGAAGCGUGCCCCCGCGGAGCCGGACAGUCGCGACAACACCUUCCGGCCCGAUCCGACACGAGACCCUGGUGGAGGCGCAGACAUCGAUGCCAUCACUGCCGUGCUUACCGACGUAUCGAGGGAGAACGAGAACAAGCUGCGCAACAUGAGCGCCUCCGAGGUCUCCGACGAGCUCCGCAGCCUCGAGAGCAUGUUCGGAAAGGACGUGCUCGACGCACUUCGCAACCGCAAGAGCAAUUCAGCAGCAAAGCCGGUCGACAAGCUUGCCGCUUCAGGGAGCAUGAAGCCAUCCCAAGGUGCGUCUCGCACCAGCAGCAUUCCGGUGGGAGAGACGGACGCGGAAGGGCCGCUUGCCAUCAAGCGACAGUACUUCCCGGCAGAGCCCGAGGGACCCAACCCUUCGAUCGAGUGGAUGAUGCCUCAACCAUCCAAGACCAAGCAAGGCCCGUCAGAUCUACGAUACGACUUCUCUGGCAAGCUCAUUUCUUCCGACAUCGAGUCUGACAAGACCUACCUCUCCGGCCUCCAUCACCACGGUGACGACCAAGACGCUCCAGGAUACACAUUUGCCGAACUCAUCCAUCUGACCCAAAGCACUGUCGCGGCGCAGCGCCAGCUGGCAGUCAAUGUGCUUGGUCGCAUCUCGGAACAUCACCCGGCAGUGGGCCAAGCCGCUUCAGCGGAGGCCGCGGUUGUGACAGAGUAUCUGAAUGCAGACUCACUGCUGCUUCGAGCUAGGAUCAUCUCGAUCUCUCGAUUCCUCCUCGGCGAUCGACACUUUACGGUGCGAGCCGCUGCGCUCAGAUCUCUCAUCUCGGCGAUCAGAUCGUUGCCGUCCGGUAUCUCUGUACCGCUAGGCUGCGAGCAGGAGCUGGAAUUCAAGAGUCUCUUCGCUCCAGCAGCAAAGCUCGGGCUCAAUCAGGAAGAUACGCCGGCCGAGGCAAGCGAGGUCGAGGUCAAGAUCCAGGGGGACUGGGCCCAUGUCAUGCUCGAGUCGAAACUCGUCAGUCUCUUCCUCGACAGGACCGACAGCGUCGUCACAUCGCGCUGGGAAGCAGAGGUCGCACUCGAGCUGCUGUACCGCAUUGCGUCCUGCUCUGCCUCGCACGCAAGCAAAGUUUUUGGAUCCGAUCCAAAGAGGAUGUGCGAUUGGAUCACGCAUCUUGGCCUCAACGUCGGAUGGCCGCCAGUGCCUGCUGACGACCAGAACCCGGCCUCAGGAUCGAGAAGCCAGAAUGCGUUGCCAUCGGUAUUCGCCGUGCGACUGCUGCAUCAAGGCAUACUCGCCGACCGCAAGACCGCCGAGGCAAUCGCGCUGAGUGGAAGUAUCGAGCACCUUCUCCGCUUUGUAGUCACGCCGCCUUGGAAGUUCGAAGCCGACUGGACCCCCAAUGACGGCGGAGAUGAUGCGACAAUUCUCGUGGCAUACCAGGUCUUUGAUGAGGUGCUGCAGCUCUUUGCUUCGCUGGCAUCCUACGGCUUCUUUGCGUCGGUCGUCGCCCGGACGUGGCAGCUCUGGCGCGAGUGCGGCUCGUGGGCCAUGGAGCAUCUCGUGAACGGCCAGGUCGGAUCGGUGCCGGCGUGGUGCGAGGAGGCGAGAGACACGGCUGCGCAACGCAUCUUUGAGGUGCUGGGCGCAUGGACGCGCUGUGCCAUGGACCCUCACGAGCUCAUGACGGCGCAUGACAUCACCUGGACGCAAGUCAGGGACUGGAUCGAUGUCGUCCACGACGCUUCGCAGCAAUUGGAUCGGACGCUCGCGAAUUCCCGCACUACAGCAUCCAAGGCGCCGGUCUUGGGCGCACUGUGCCAGUACGUUGAUCAUUGGCUGCGCUGCGCGACACCGAAGGAGCCCAAGAUCGUCGAACGGUGCUUUCAUUCGUGCAACAAGGUCCUGCGCUUCAGCCAAAUUCCGAUUCAGAAGCAAGUCGUCAGUGUCCUCAGGCUGUUCGAGUCGGCGCUUUCGCAGGCGGUUGCGUUGGAUGAGGCCGAACAGGCGUGCCAGGCCUUUCGCAGAUACGCAGACUUGUCGAUCACGUGCAAGGAAGCCAGCCGUUCCGCCGCCAAGGGAGAGACGACUCCGGAAGCCAUUGCGUCAGACGCAAGCGUCAGCAUGGUGCAAGAGGGCCUCACGCUGGUCUCGUGCCAACCCCUGUGGCAAGCUCUCGAGAGCACAGAGUCGCAGGCCGAUGGAAGGCACACGUAUAAGCAGGCCUUUUCAGAAUUUGUUGCUGCGACGCUCAUCUCUGACUCGAGCUCCAAGACGAGCAUGUCGUCCGAACUGGCGGCCAUAAUUCGGCUCGACGAGGAUCACGUUCAAGCUGUCUGGCAGAUCGUGCAGCGGGCCGCCACGCACUAUGGAGGUUCGGCCGCACUUGACGCACUACGUCCAUUCCUGCUCGAGUGCAUCAUGGGUCGCAAUUGUGUGCCCGAGCCACUGGCAGGCAAGGAACAAGGUCGCAGCCACACGCCGCUGUCUCACGUGUCGUCGCUAUUCAAGGCUCGUCGAUACGCCGCAGAUCAAGGCUCUGCAGAAGCAGACGAAAGGAAAGAGGCGGACGAUGAACAGGCUGGCGACGAUGACGACGUGGACCCGAUCACAGGCGGACAGCUGUGGAGCUGCCCGGCUGCGGGGCUGCCACUACGCGCCGAUUGGCCGUUGCUCGCACUUGAUGACCUUUUGCACAGCGGCACCACGGCCGUCUUUAACCGGCCGGACAAUCUCGACGCAGACUGGAAGCCAAGCGAGCUCGAGAUGGUUCGAGCCUGCCUUCAGCUCGCCGUUGCUAUGCUGCAGUCGCAGCUCCGCGCCCAUGCUCCGUCUGCAUUCGCCACGGAAGAGCUAAGUGUGGAAGCGAUGGCGAGUCUGAGCAGUCUGCCUAGCGCAGAGCAGGUGCUGCUUGGCGUGAUGAAGGUGUUCCUACUCGAAAAGGAUCAGCCUGAUACCUUCACGGACCGCAGCGCAGCCGGGCAAAACCAGGAGAAACAAGCUGGCGCUCUGACGGGGCGGGACUUGUUCCGGGAUUCCGAAGUCUCGAAAAGCCUCGGUGCGCUGCUGGAUGUUGCGGAUCAGCUGGUUGAGCUGCGCGCACAGUUGCGAGGCAAGGUAUCGAUGAGCACGGUGACGCUCGAUGCGUGGACGGCACGCACGUAUGGCGGCGCCAUGUCGUCCUACCAAGUCUUCACCGACUUGCUCGGUCUGUGGGAUUCGGUCUCGUUCGGCGAUGCGAACUUUGCGCGUGUGGUCAUGACGAUCGCCAAUGCGGGCAGUGGCAUCGAGGGUGAACAUGGAAUCGCCGUGGAUUUCCGCAGACUGGUGUGGAACGACUACAGCGAUAGCCUUCGCAGCAUCCCGGCGACGCCCGUGGCAGCAUGGCUGCUCAGCUGGACGGAAACUGAUGUGGACAUGCUCGAGAACUACUGCCGCUACCUCGCCACUGUCGCCGAGAUGCCAGCUGCAAGUUCGUCCAUGGCAUGGCAGAUUGCGUCUCACCAUGUCGCCGCUGCCCUGCGUACGCUUACCGACGCUCCUCAAGAGUCGGUUGAGCAGCGAAGAGCACAGGCAAUCCUCAAGACGCUCAUCGCAGCUAAGGGCAAGAAGAUGCUCGACGAGCUGCUGGCCACCUCGACCAACCCUGAAAGCGCCAGACCGGCCGAAGAAUCGCAGCGCAUCUUCUCCCAACUCUUUCCGGAUGCUUCUUCCAAGUAA